UUAUGAAAGACGACCGACUAAUCAUCUCGGACCAAUUAGUUGAUGUUCUUGCACUGUAUUAAAUGCUAUCACCAUGCAAAAAAGCUCGGCAUGCUCAUUUGCACGGUGUUAUCGAUCGCGCGCUCGAGGGAGCUUAGUUCCCGCCGUCAAAACGGAGUUUCCCUCGUUUUCUCGGCACAGACUUCCACAAUGUUACUUGAUUUAUACACGAGUGGGUCGACUCACAUGUUAUAUCUCCGAGAUGUCGUCCUGGUUGAGAGUGGCGGGCGUUGACGGCUAUUAAAGUCGCUUGCUUUUUGGUAACCCAUAAUAUUAACAGGGACAGCCAUUGGGCUUUAUCUAUAUAAACAAGCUCAGAUCUUCGUGUACCACACCAACAACGCGACGUUGCAAUACCUUUCUUUGAUUUGAUUAAGCCUUUUCUAUUAUUUGUUUGAAGGCAUUUUGCAAUGGAUGUAACAGAUGGACUGGAAGUUCCCCAAGAAACGCUGGAUGCAGAAAUCAAGUCAUUCUUCGAAUCCGCUCCUCCACUUAAAAACGGCGACGACAUUAGUGAAAAACUGAAGGAAUUUAUCGGGAGGAAUUCGUUACCCUCAGGAAACGGAAGUGCUAGGAGGGUUGUGUGCGUGACAUCUGGAGGUACCACGGUUCCUUUGGAGCGACGGUGUGUUCGCUACAUUGAUAACUUCAGCUCGGGCCACAGAGGAGCAGCAUCCACGGAGUAUUUUAUUAAGGCCGGAUAUGCAGUUAUCUUUUUACAUCGCAGGGGAACCUGCCAGCCACACUGCAGAUCUCUUCCUGAGGAUCCGUUACUUGAAUGUUUUGAAGUCACUGACGAGCCAAAUAUUCGAGUGCGCCAGUCAGAUUCUGAAGCUGUGAAGAGGGCCAUCACUGAGCAUCAUGCAGCAGUAGCAGAAGGCCUUCUGUUAAAACUUCCCUUUACCACCAUAUUUGAGUAUCUUCAGAUGCUGCAAAUGAUUGCCAUUUCAAUGAGGAGUCUUGGAGCACCUGCAAUGUUUUAUCUUGCUGCUGCAGUUUCUGACUUCUAUGUUCCUUGGAGGAGCAUGGUAGAGCACAAGAUACAGUCCGCAUCUGGCCCUUUGGACAUGCGACUAGUUCAAGUGCCAAAGAUGCUUUCAGUACUGAGGAAGGACUGGGCCCCCAUGGCCUUCUGCAUAUCUUUCAAGCUAGAGACAGAUAAAAAAAUUCUUUUAGAGAAGGCUGAUAUGGCUCUUAAAAAGUACAAGAUGCAUAUGGUUGUGGCAAAUGAGCUUUUGAGCCGCAAAGAGGAGGUUGUAGUUGUUACAACUAAUGACAAGCUAUCAGUUCACCGAGACAAGACUCACGUUGGCAAUGAUGUGGAGAAUCCCCUGAUAAGACUUAUCGUGGAGAGACAUUCAGCUUAUCUUGAGAAUCCUAACCUAUGAUCUCUUAAGUGUUAACAGCAUUAGAGAGAUGAUAUAUAUCAGGUCACCAGGACAAGACUUGGGUCACUACUUGCAAAGCUUGUUUUGUAUUAUGGUGGAUCUUCUCUGUGUCAGCUAAGCUUUCCUUUCUUUGCGUUAGUGUAGGUUUUAACAUUAUUGUUUUUGUCUAACUGGUAUACAUGUUUUUUUCUUUUUUUGAGCAAGACGAGCAAAGCUUAUUUUGCUCUUCAAGCAAAAUAAUUUUGGAUAAACCUGUUAAGGGGAGAGAUCGAGGCCAAAAUUGUAGUCUGCUCAUUGUAACAAAUAAUGAAUAACUUCAAUGGUUCUAGAUGAUGGUGUUAAUCCUCU